UCGCCGGUCCCGCGGUCCCGCGGUCCCACGGCGCCUGGUCGCCCCCAGCCCCCUCCCUCCUCCAACCCUCUCUGGGUCCCACCCUCCCUAGCUUUGUGCCCGGGGCGCCGAGUCACUUCCCGCCCAGCCGCGCCGCGGGAGGAGGGAGCCGCUGCCGAGGAUCUCCCGCUCGCUGCCUGGGCAGGGGCACAGUUGCAAUCACGGCCAUGUCUUACUACCUCAACUCAGGAAACCACCUGGACCCAGGGCCUGUGUAUGUGCGAGAAAAUGGGCAGCUGCACAUGGUUGAUCUGGCCCUGGAUGGCGUCAGGAGCAGCCUGCAGAAGCCAAGGCCUUUCAGACUGUUUCCCAAAGGCUUUUCUGUGGAGCUUUGCAUGAACAGGGAAGAUGAUACUGCGCAAAAAGAGAAGACUGAUCAUUUCAUCUUCACAUAUACCCGGGAGGGGAAUCUUCGGUACUCUGCCAAAUCCCUCUUCAGCCUCGUCCUGGGCUUCAUCUCUGACAAUGUUGAUCACAUUGAUUCCCUUAUUGGCUUUCCUGAGCAGAUUGCUGAGAAGCUGUUCUCUGCUGCUGAGGCCAGAAAGAAAUUCACAGAGCCAGGUGCAGGGCUCAGGGCUUUACAGAAAUUCACUGAAGCCUACGGAAGUCUGGUGCUUUGCUCCCUGUGUUUGCGAAACAGAUAUCUGGUGAUUUCAGAAAAACUUGAGGAGAUUAAGUCUUUCCGGGAGCUGACUUGCCUGGAUCUUUCCUGUUGCAAGCUUGGAGAUGAGCAUGAACUUCUAGAACAUCUCACCAAUGAGGCCCUGUCUAGUGUGACUCAGCUCCACCUGAAGGAUAAUUGUUUAUCUGAUGCUGGGGUGCGGAAAAUGACAGCACCAGUUCGAGUGAUGAAAAGAGGCCUUGAAAAUCUAACAUUGUUAGAUUUAUCUUGUAACCCUGAGAUCACAGAUGCAGGAAUUGUAUACCUCUUUUCUUUUAGAAAACUGAACUGCUUAGAUAUCUCUGGGACGGGGCUCAAGGACAUCAAAGCCAUCAAACACAAGCUACAGACCCACAUAGGCCUCGUUCACUCCAAAGUGCCUUUGAAGGAAUUCGAUCAUAGUAACUGCAAGACAGAGGGCUGGGCUGACCAGAUUGUUCUGCAGUGGGAGCGUGUGACUUCGGAAGCUGUGAAGCUACGAGAAACAUCGGAGCCUCGAACAGCAGCUCAGCACUUUUAUGGGAAGCGGGCUCGAACAGAAGCCCCAGUGAAGUGCCCCCUGGCCGACACCCACAUGAACUCUUCUGAGAAACUCCAGUUCUAUAAAGAGAAAGACCCGGACUGCCAUGGGCCAUUGUUGAAACGGGAGGCGACUUCAAGCCAGGAGUCGAAGAAGAGCAAGAAGAGAGCUUUUGAGGAGCAGGAGAAAGAACAGAAUAACUCUUCACAAUCUUCAAAACAGAAAUAUGUAUGUCUUGCCAUGGAAGACUGGGACUUGUUAAAUUCUUAUUGAUAGGCAAAUAUAAGUUGACCUUUUUCCCUUCUGUCUCUAAUGAAUGAGAAAAGGGGACUGAUGAUGUUUUACUUUUUGGUUGAAUUUACUUAUGGCAUUAGCAUAGCAAGCAGAUAUUUCUACUUUUGUGGUGGGGAAGGGAAAUGCUAUGGAAGUAUGUAAUAAUUUCUAAUGUAUAUUUUCAAUACAUAGUAAUUUUUUCAAAUAAACAUUUUUGCUGUC